AUGGCCGACAUGGUCCUCGAGAAGCUUCGAAAAAACUUCGCGAACUUGCGGAUGGCGUUUCGCGCCUUGGACCGCAGCAACAACGGCUAUAUUUCCCGUGCAGACUUCUUGGAUGCCUUGGAGCACAUCUUCUUGAAUGCGGGACAUACGCCCGAGGAAGUGGAUGAAAUCGCCGAUCGAUUCACCCUCGGCGCUGGAGACACGCUGAGCUAUGAGGAGUUUUGUGACAUCGUGGGUUCGGCAGAAGCAGAUCCUUUCACUGAGACCAUGGAAGCUGUGGAGGUCGAGAAGGAAGACCGAUCCUCGCGUGCGCGUGUGGAAGCGGUUCAGCUCGGGAUCAACAGCUUCCGGCAGAUCUGCGAUCGCCGGUACGCCUCCAUGCGCGAGUCUUUCCGAGUCAUGCCCGGCUAUUUUGCGGAGCACCGCUUGCAGGUCAACGUGUGCCAUGACCGAGCCAAGGAUAACGUCGAAAAUUCCGUGUCCAUGGAAGCCCAGGGCCUGCGAACACCUACACCCCGAGGAAGGCGCUGCAGCACCCCCCGAACGCCAGCUGCCCCCAGGCCUGCUGCAGUGCCGAUGAUGAUGAAGGUCUUAGGAAACAACACCUCCAGCGAGAAGAAGCUGAAGUCACUUGAGGCCAUGCUCAUUUUCGAUCCCGAGGCUGCUACCAGCCCAUUUGAGGACCACGAGUUCGAGACCCCACUUGCCUUUGCUGUUAAGUGCGGCGUCUGCGACUUCCAGGUGAUUCGACUCCUCCUACGAUACGGUGCCGAUGUGCAUGGUCGCGGUGCUUGCAAUCGCACCGCCGCAGAGAUAGUUGCAGAGAGGUUAAAGAGGUACGAAGACCCGACUUUGGCCUUCUGCCAGUUGCAGGACCCUACUCAGGUCGAAGCGGCCCGUGUGCGUGACCUUGAGGUGCUACAGGUGCUGAUUGAUGCCGGUGCGGAUGUUCCCUGGCCAGGGAGCAGGUUCCGGCUCGGCGACGAACCAAUUCGAGACGCAAAGCUCAUCAAGGAGUUUUGGAUUUGCUUCUUCUGCGCAUGGGUGCAGACCGCGGCGUACGUUGCAAGCUCCUCCAAAAGCAUGAGUCUCGGACCCCAGGCAUGCCCGCGGCCCUGA